CCAGCAUAGCCUAAAUCCACGUCAGUCGGGAUCCAACAGAUUUAAACGGUCAAUAAAGUAUGCAAACAAACAAAUAAUUGCAGUGCCUGCGCUGUAGCAAGCAGUAGGAAGAAGGGUUCGUAGAGGAAAGUAUCAAUAUUUUAAGUCAAACGCCUUCAUUAUACCAUUUCGCAACACCCACCUGCUGCGUUAUAUCUUCCCUGUUCUAUGCGUCAAGCUCUCCCUCUCUCACACACACAGUCUCUCUCUCUCUCUCUCUAAUUUUUCGAAAGGAUCAAUGGCUAACAGUAAUCUACCCCGAAGAAUUAUUAAGGAAACCCAGCGGCUCCUCAGUGAACCAGCUCCUGGAAUAAGUGCCUCUCCUUCUGAGGACAACAUGAGAUAUUUUAAUGUUAUGAUUCUUGGUCCAGCUCAAUCUCCUUACGAAGGUGGAGUUUUCAAGUUAGAAUUGUUUCUAUCUGAAGAGUACCCAAUGGCAGCUCCCAAGGUUCGGUUCCUGACCAAAAUAUAUCAUCCUAAUAUUGAUAAGCUUGGACGGAUAUGCCUUGAUAUUCUUAAAGACAAAUGGAGUCCAGCCCUCCAAAUCCGAACAGUAUUGCUGAGCAUCCAAGCUCUUUUAAGUGCUCCAAACCCUGAUGAUCCCCUUUCCGAGAACAUUGCAAAGCAUUGGAAGACAAAUGAAACUGAAGCUGUUGAGACAGCGAAGGAAUGGACUCGUUUAUAUGCAACCGGAGCUUGAUUUUGCUUGGAAGAUCAAUUUCUAAGUGUAUGUUAAAACUAUAACAUGAAGGAUAUGACUUGUGAAUUGAUCUAUGAUUGUAGAAAACUUCAAAGAAGCCAUCUUCAGGAUAAAGGAAAGAUGAAUAUUGUGAAGCAGGUCAUCAUCUGAUGGUCAUCUUAAUAAAACUACAUAGGACUUGAGGAAAAAAGAAAAAAGAAGAAAAGGGCUUCACGGUUGCAUGAUUAUAUUGAAGUUUGAUAUCAAUUUUCUGCUUAUGACGUUCUUAAUAUGGAACGUUUUGAUCAACCCAAUUAUUCAAAAUUUUUAUGGGUGCUGCAUAUGAGAUAUGAAUAGUUUUGGC